GGCGCACUCGGGCCGCCGCAUGUGCCGCGCGGGGAGCAGCUGCCGAGCGGCCGGAGAGCGAACGCCAGGGGCCCCGUCGGAGCGGCCGCAGGAGCAGCGCCGGAGAUGGGAGAACAGCCCAUCUUCACCACGCGAGCGCAUGUCUUCCAGAUUGAUCCUAGCACCAAGAAGAACUGGGUGCCCGCGAGCAAGCAGGCCGUCACUGUGUCCUACUUCUACGAUGUCACCAGGAACAGCUAUCGGAUCAUCAGCGUUGAUGGAGCCAAGGUGAUCAUAAACAGCACCAUCACCCCGAACAUGACGUUCACCAAAACCUCACAGAAGUUCGGGCAGUGGGCAGACAGCAGAGCCAACACAGUGUUCGGUCUGGGGUUCUCCUCAGAGCAGCAGCUCACUAAGUUUGCAGAGAAGUUCCAGGAGGUGAAAGAAGCUGCCAGGCUAGCCAGAGACAAGUCCCAGGAGAAAAUCGAGACCUCGAGUAAUCAUUCCCAAGAAUCUGGGUGUGAAACCCCGUCUUCCACUCAGGCAUCCAGUGUCAAUGGAACGGACGACGAGAAGGCCUCACAUGCCAGCCCGGCCGACACACACCUCAAGUCUGAGAAUGACAAGCUGAAGAUCGCGUUGACACAGAGUGCUGCCAAUGUGAAGAAGUGGGAGAUUGAGCUGCAGACCCUGCGGGAGAGCAACGCCCGGCUGACCACAGCCCUGCAGGAGUCGGCGGCCAGCGUGGAGCAGUGGAAGAGGCAGUUCUCCAUCUGUCGUGAUGAGAAUGACCGACUCCGCAGCAAGAUCGAGCAGCUGGAAGAGCAGUGCAGUGAGAUAAACAGGGAGAAGGAGAAGAACACCGAGCUGAAGAGCAGGAUCGAGGAGCUGGAGUCCGAGCUCCGGGAAAAGGAGACGGAGUUAAAAGACCUCCGGAAACAGAGUGAGAUCAUACCUCAGCUCAUGUCCGAGUGUGAAUACGUCUCUGAGAAGCUAGAGGCGGCCGAAAGAGACAAUCAAAACUUGGAAGACAAAGUGCGGUCCCUAAAGACAGACAUCGAAGAGAGCAAAUACCGACAGCGCCACCUGAAGGGGGAGUUGAAGAGCUUCCUGGAGGUGCUGGAUGGCAAGAUCGACGACCUCCAUGACUUCCGCCGAGGACUCUCCAAGCUGGGCGCGGAUAACUAGGCCAGGCCAGGCCUGGCGAGCGUGUGUGUGUGAGGUGACGUAGGCGUAGGACAUCCUCCAUUUGUGUCGCUUCUGCCAAUGCAGGUGCAUCCUGUCUGUCUCCAGACCAGUUGUGCUGUCCUCCCAGUCCUCCCGGAUAGACACUCUCUCGCUUCUCUGGCCUCGUGAGGUGUGGGCAACUGGAAGCUUCUGACUCAGGAAUCCAGAACUCGGUCUACCUUAGCCGUUUACCCAGUCAGGCAGGGAUGUUUAUAUCUUUAUUUUUUUUUUUAAGGGCUGUUGCAACCCUAUGAACUGGGUGGGUGGGGGAGUAUUUUCUAAUCCAACUAUCAAUAUCCUUUACAACAGGCCACUGGGCGCCUUCUACUGAGUAGCAUUCAGGGUGUGUGACUAUCCGGCAGAUUCUAGUCCAUGGGGCACAUGAGGGGAUCAUCUCUCUGCCUCCCCCCCCACCGUCUGCAUUUUGAUGCUUCAGCUGAUGUGUCUAACCUUUUGACGUUGUGAUACAGCUUCGUCAUCCAUAAAGAUCACACUCAAGGAUUGACUUCCACAGAGAAAUAAUUGUCAAAAAAAAAACCCCAAACAAACAACAAACAAACGACCUUACAAUGUUUUAAGUCAGUUUACUGUUUUGUGUUGGGGCAUAUUCUUGGUUAUCCUUGGCUACAUGUAACCCUCAGACUGUAGGUCAGGCGUCCCUUCUUGAAAGGAACCAUUCAGUGGAAACUUUACCAGAGGGAAGAAAACCCAGAAGUUUUGGGGUGUACCUAUAGACAGGAACUCACCUGUACCCACUGUGCCCCAUCUUCCCCCGAUUACUACGGUUGCGGCAAUGUUUCUUUUCUUGUGUUUCUUUUUUUGUUUUGUUUUUGGUUUUUUUGUUGGUGGUUGGUUGGUUUUUGUUUUGUUUCUAUUUCCGGGCGUCUGCUUACGCUGUGGGAAUGGAUGCAGGAGUGUGCUUAGCAUAGUGCUGGGCACAUCACAGGUGCUUAAUAAACAUUCGUUCAACUAAACACAUAUAGUGCUUUAAUCGGAUCCCACAGCAGAGUUCAGGCCCUGUGGAAUCGUGCACCAUCUUCCCUGGGCUGAAGAGGUGACCUGCAGGGAAUGCAGUCUGCUGCAGGCAAACCCACACGUGGCUCUGAGGAGGGACACCGGCAAUAGAGUGACCCUCCUGCAGGGUGCCCAGCCGUGAUCCCCAUAGAGGUCAUUGCCAUGGAACUACCUUCUCUUCUAGGCAGAGCGCCUGUAGUCUGAGGCUUCUAGGAUCCUGGGAGAGCCUGGGAUAGGAGCUGCCACGGGCCUAGAAGCUCGGCCAGGUUCCUACAAUGGGCUUGAACGACCGAGAAGAUGUCCUACAGGCUAUGAGGGUAAGAGAGCUGCUCAGGUGGCAGCCCUUGGCUUUGGUGACAGAGCAGCUCUGCUCUGCCCGGGUCUGCCUUCCCUUAGGUCCUGCUAAGGAAGGACCUGGAGCCCUAAAGCUCUCCUCUCACAGACUUCUUGGUGGGGCCAUUGGGCACUGAGGUCCACCCAUAGGCAUCCGUCCUUAAGAGAGAUGUCCAUGGGAUACCCUUCUAAAUGCCCCGGUCAAGGGGAACUUUGGUAUUCCCUAGCUCUCUAAGAACCCUCUAGAUAUGAAUUCACACAGUUAGGAAUUCGUCCUCGUGACUUUGCAUGAACUCUGGUUCAUGCCGACAGCCUGAGGAAGGGGCCGGGCCGGCUCGUCUGCCACCCAGGCCCCGUGGUGACUUCCAAGCCCUCAUCUUUCUCUGCUGUAGCAGUCACUCUGGUCAUGGAACUCUAUUGGGAUGGGAAAGGAAGGGAGGCUGGCGAUAUGGAGUGCUGAAGUGUGUUAAGGGGGACCCGUCAAAUUGUGGUGUCUUGUGCAAUGGGAGUGGUCACCUGUGAUGUAAUUCACCCUGGGUGUGACUGGCCCUGACUUCCCCUGCAGCUCCUAAUAGGUCUCAUCAGUAGCAGCUCGUGCUGGUCCACUAGGGAACAAAGACUUGGCUGGCUAUGACCCAGCCUGGGUAAGGGGCUCUCUUCUUAGACCAUCUUGGCCUCCCUGUCUGUCAGCAGCCUGGGCACAUGGCUGCCCAGGAGCAGCAGACGCCGGGAUCCUCAUCUUGGGCUUCACAGGUAGAUAGACAUAGACAUGUAGUAGGAGCUCUUGGCUGGCGAGGGUGUGUGCCGGUGACAGGGCCGUAUGAACAUAGCUGCUAAAGCCCCUUCUUCGUCUGCAUGGCAGUGACUUACAAAAGCGCUGAAAAUGGAAAUGCAGAAAGUUCUGGAAGUCAGUACCACAGUGGGCUGACUGUAAGGUCGAGUCCAUGAUCCUUGCUGUGAGCCGUUGAAGAGUCUGGCAGCUUCUUGUAGCCAGCAGGUGGGGAAACGAGAGUUUUGGGGUAUCCCCCAAACUGCCGCAACCCAGGAGCCUGAGGCGCUAGGGACCUCUCGCAGGGUGAUUUAGGCUCGGCAGCAAACAUGUGUGAGACUAAGCCCUGAUCUUCCCCUCCACCUGCUUUCUCUAAAGAGCUCAUGUCUCUUCAUCUGCUCUAAGAACAGUCGUGACCCAGAAACAGCCUGGGUGGCCAACAGGAGGCUGGCCCCAAAUACAACCUCCAGCCCUGCAAAAGGUAGGCUCUGUACAGAGCAGAUGAGCCACUGAUUGUCCAGUCUCCGCUCGCACUGAUGGACAUGCCUCCAGUUGUGAUGUCCGGCCCAGUCCUGGGACGGUCGUCAUGACCUCAGACCCUGAGCAGGUGCAAUGAGCUGUUGGCUCCCGGCGAUUACUGCCGCCGUGUGCCGCCUCCGAACCAGGUGUCCCCUGAGCUCUCCUGACAACUCGAGAAUGGCAGUCUGUGCCUUGCUUUGCUGGCUUUCUGCAGCCAUUCACACGGGGGGCCUAAAAGAGGCCAAGAAAAACUCAGAAAACUCUUUAACCGUAAGCCAUAUGCAUUUCUGACGUAAGGCUGGUAGGGACAGGACCUGCUUCUGGGGCCUCAGGAAUGUAAUUAGAAGCGCAGAUUGGGAGAGCCACACAGAGCCUUGCUAGCCCUCAGAUCAUCCCCCCCAAGAGCUGUCACUGGAGACCUCAAUUGGGGGAAGAGAACUUGGCAGAGAUCAUCAGCAGGAAGUGGAGGCAGAGAGGCGUGCCCAGGGAACCCCAGCUGUGACCAGCAGCACGGGCUCUUGGGGUCUCUUGGACCUUGGUUUACUGUUCUCCUCAGAACCGUAUCGCGGUUCUCCUUUGAUGUUUCUUAGAUGCCAAAAAGAAAUAAAUAUUCAUCUGCCCUAGUAAAAGCACACUGUAUUAUUUCAGUGUGUGUCCACAGCGCAGGACGGCCGGCAGGGGACUGAGGCCGAUCACGCUUCUGUUGACCAGACAUAGCGAGGCCCGUUUCUGAAUGGUUCUGGUCUGUAGGGGACUCUUCAGUAACCUCUGUGCUCUGAGAGGCCAGUUUGGUAGAACACAGACUGGCUUUAAGUUCUCUGCUGAUGGUUUUCAUGGGUGCACACUCAUCUUUUUCAAGAGGCAGCCAGGCCUUUGACUGCAGGGACAGAAACGGUGUUCCCGCCCAGAGGUGGUCGGUCUGGAUGAGCCACAGCUGGGGAGGCGCUGCUUGUCCAGGGCUUAGAGCGGUUUGCACGUAUGAGCUGCCCUCAGGGGCGGCUGCUCUCCCAUCUGCGGGCUCCACAGCCACAGACUUCAGCUAUGUGAUGGGCAGCAUGUACUGCAUUGGAUGUAAGACAAAGGGUGGCGUGUCAUAGAGUCCGUGAGUGACCGUAAAGCAUCGUGUCCACUUUGCGGGGGCUCUUUUCCUAUAGACAACUCCCCUCUCUUGCAGACCCCAGGGGCAACUGCAAACGAGACCCAAUGUGAACCUCAGGUGUAGUAGCCAGGUGCAUUCUUGGAAAGGAGGCGACCCGAUAGGAGCUCCCCUUCAGGGAGCGCCAGCCGCUGCUGUUUGCUAAGAACUGAUAGUAAGUCACUACAAGUUACGAUCAAAAUUCAGGGGGACCCCACUGGAGUUUGAAGCACUUGCAACACAAACCGGAAGCUUUCCAGUCAACGUCCGUCCGUACAUAUUUUGAGUGGUAGGCAUGAUUUAAAUAGACCAAGAUUUCUGAGUACGUGGCUUCCCCAAAGAAAUAGACGAUAUUCUGGGGACAGUGGGUGUGACGGCGUGGAGCAGAGCCCUGAGCAGGAGUGUGAAUUACUUCAUGUCUUUUCCUUACACCUUCCCUCUUUAAAAUCAAAUCUGUCAAGAAUUCCUACUUUGGUAGGAAUUCUGAGCUGUGUCAAAUGUCUGUGUGUGUGUGUGUGUGUGCACAUUGGGGAAGACAGCCUGACAGAAAGCCGGGGUAACACCUAGGAGAGAUCAGCUACAGCUCUGUAACUAGGAGGAGUCUUGUAGUAUUUCUGGUGGUGAUGCUGAAUGUUCUGGACUCCGCUUACAAGGCCUUGUGGGUCUCAGACAGUGCAGCCCUUGCUGCAGAGUGGCCUCUGGGCCACAGGGACCCCUCCAGAAGCCCAGCGUGUUAACAGUGGGCCACAGUGGAGUCCACGUUUGUGCACUUUGUCGAAAGAUUGGCAGGAGACUGAUGUUUCACAGCUGGUGGGGAUAUGAUGCUGUCUCCACCCUCCCCUCCCUCUCCCUCUUCCCCUCCCCAAUAUCUCUUAUCUCUUUUGAUAGGAGGGCCUGAGUUUCAUCCCUUGUGCAGUGUCUUGUGAUGUCACAGCAGGAAGGCAUUCCCUCAUCUCCAUAAGAGCUUAGUGCUAAGUAUGGACUGGAUAAGCAAACUAUUUCAUGAGUAACACCUUUUUUCUUUCUAAAUGCUUUUUUGGAAUAUAAGUAAUAGAUACUUGUUUUUACAAAAAGAAACUAAAGAUAAAAGGAACAAAAAUCACCUGUUGUGCCACCGUCUGAUUGUAACCACUGUUAACACGCGUGGCUCGUCAGCUUCCCUGCACAGCCGCUCCCGUUCCUUUUCCGUGACAUACCACACCAUCUCAUGCACACUCUUCACGUAACCCAGUCACCCCCUCCGAUGCUCGUGAAUGCACUUCUCCAUUGAUAGAUACGAAACUACUGCUUUUUAACUGCUGAGUGGAUCAUACCUUGGAUGUCUAAGCUGUUUCCAAUUUUCUACCCUUGUAGUCAGGACGCCAUGAAAUUGUCCCUGACAUCUUUGUAAACCGUUCAGAAUAUUGACUUUAGAAUCCAUCACUGAAACCAGUCUUCCCUGAUCUCCAGACCGCGGCUCCUCUCCUUCCUAGACAUGAGAGACUGUACUCACCAGCCCCGCUGUGGUCAGUGAUUCGGAGCCCUGUGAGUGAUUCCAGCCAAUGUGAUAGGAGCAGAAGGAACGUAUGAAACGCGAGCUAGGACUGUAGAGUGUCCCUGAUCCUUUGCCUUAGCGAGUGGUGACAUCCCAGGGGUAGACCGUCUUCCAGCCUGGGUCCUUGAGUGAGUGUACAGGACUGCUCCUUUCUCUCCACCCCACCCACCAACCUACGUGGACCUGUGGUCCGAGCCAGAGAUAAACCUUACAGGUUUUACCCCCGGGAUUUCAGGGUUGGUGUUUUUACUGCAGCAUAACAUAGCCCCUGUUUUAACCAGUAAGAAAAAAGGCAUGCAUGUUUUUAGGGUUUUAAACAUAUUUCAAAUUGCCUUUCAGAAAUACGUCCCCCAAGUAUCCCCCCACUAGCAAUGUGUGUGAGCGCCCUGCUCCCUCUGUAACACUGACAUUAGCAUGGAGCAGGAGCUAAACAAAGUUACAUUUUUUUUUAUUAAAAGAUGAUCCUUGUUGGCAGAAAUAUUUAUUAGACUAUAUGUUUUGUGUCUUCUGUUCAUCUCUGGCCAGCUUUCUUCUAAGGUCUUUAGCAGUCGCGUCGAUUGGUUUUUUAAUGUAUAGGUGUUUGCCCGCAUGUAGUCUGAGCAUCACUUGGAUGCCUGGUGCCCAAAGAGGCCAGAAGAGGCCGUCGGAUCUCCUGGAACUGGAGUUACAGAAGG